AUGCGACUCGUCAAUCGCUCUUACCAGAAGAAUGGAGAAGGCCACGCAAAACUGGUUCCAGAGGAAGGGGAGGACAUGUGGCAUGUGUACAACCUCAUCAGGGAGGGGGACAGAGUGACUGCCACCACAUUCAGGAAGAUUGCCCGCGACAGCGGAGCAGGCAGCGAGUCAGAGCGUGUGCGCAUCAAGUUGACUGUGCAGGUAGAGGGCGUUGACUUUGAUCCAGAAGGUCAGAGCAUUCGGUUACGGGGCAAGAACUUGACGGAGACGGAGCAUGUCAAGCUGGGGGCGUACCACACGCUGGAGCUCGAGCCGCAGAGGGCCUUCACGCUUGAAAAGGCCUCAUGGGAUUCCUUGGACAUAGAGCGCAUCAAACAGGCCUGCGACCCUGCAGCCUCCGCAGAUCUGGCCGCGGUGCUAAUCACAGAAGGGUUGGCAAAUGUGUGCCUGGUGGGCUCGAGCACCACCAUACUGAAGGCAAAGGUGGAAGCAAAUUUGCCUCGCAAGCGCGGCGCAGCUGCUGCCGGGUAUGACAAGGCCCUUGAGUCCUUCUUCAACAAGGUAUUUGCAGCUGUCACGCGGCACGUGGAUUGGAGCAUAGUGAGGUGCCUGGUCAUAGCAGGACCCGGCUUCACAAAAGAGGAGUUCCGAAAGUACCUCGAUGCAGAAGCGGUCCGAAGAGAUAUCAGGGAAUUGAUCACCAAUAAGCAGAAGGUGAUCACAUCGCAUGCUUCCUCCGCGUACAAGCAUGCGCUCAGAGAAGUGCUAGAAGCCCAGGGCAUCGCUUCACAGAUCAAGGACACGAAGGCGGCGCAGGAGGUGACGGCGCUUAAAGCGUUCUACGCGAUGCUGGGGCAGGACAGUGCGCGCGCAUUCUACGGCCCCGGCCACGUCCGCGCUGCCGCCGAGCUGGGCGCCAUCCAGACGCUGCUCCUCUCGGACACCCUCUUCCGCGUCAAUGAUAUCGCCAAGAGGGCAGCAUACGCGCAGCUGGUUGAGGGGGUGAGGGAGAGUGGGGGAGAGGCUCUCGUGUUUUCUGGCGCGCAUGUGUCGGGAGAACAGCUUGAUCAGCUGUCAGGAGUUGCUGCGAUCCUCCGAUUCCCAUUGCCAGACUUGGAGGACCAGGAGCUCGACCCAGAAUUGUGA